UCUUCUUCUUUUUUCUCCAGAUUCUUUUGAAACAGGGGGAGAAUUGCUUGGCCUCCUUGAUCAUCUGAGGACAGGAGGGACACAUUUCCUGGACUGUUACAGAGAAUUUUCUAUCUCUCCUACAUGUAUUUUUCUUUAUUAUCCAAUUUUCUUCUUACUGCUUCCUUUGACCUGCAGCUAAGAAAAGCAAACAACAAUGUCCACCAGCGAGCGUUUUGACUGCCAUUACUGCAAAGACUCCCUGCUGGGGAAGAAGUACAUAAUGAAAGAGGACACGCAGUACUGCACUAAGUGCUAUGAGAACCUGUUUGCAAACUGCUGUGAGGGCUGCUCUUUACCCAUUGGCUGCAACUCUAAGGACCUGUCCUACAAAGAUCGCCACUGGCAUGAGCAGUGCUUUAAGUGUGCCAAGUGUAGCCGCUCUCUGGUGGAAAAGGCAUUUGCGGCCAAAGAUGAUUUGUUGCUCUGCACCGAGUGCUACGCCCAUGAUUACUCCUCCAAGUGCACCACCUGCAAGAAAACCGUCAUGCCAGGUUCCCGCAAAAUGGAAUACAAGGGGAACAGCUGGCAUGAGACCUGCUUCCUGUGCCACCGCUGUCAGCAGCCAAUAGGAACCAAGUCCUUCAUCCCCAAAGACACCGGCUACUUCUGUGUGCCCUGCUUUGAGAAGCAGUUUGCCUACCAGUGCUGUGCUUGUAAGAAGGCCAUCACAACAGGUGGAGUGACCUAUCAGGAUAAGCCCUGGCAUCGGGAGUGUUUCCUAUGCAUCGGCUGCAGAAAGCAGCUGUCAGGACAACGCUUCACCUCCAGGGAAAAUUACCCAUACUGCCUUGAAUGUUUCAGCAACCUGUAUGCAAAGAAGUGCGUGGGCUGCACCAAAGCCAUUACCAGUCUGGCAGGAGCCAAGUACAUCUCGUUUGAGGAGCGUCAGUGGCACAGUGAGUGUUUCACCUGCAUGCAGUGCUCUGUGUCGCUGGUUGGACGUGGAUUCCUCACCCAACGUGACAACAUCUUGUGCACCGACUGCGGCAGAGAGAAGUGACCUCAUCAAGGGGUCAUGGCUUCAUCCAAAUACCAAGAGCUCAGCCUGAUAUAGAUCCAUGAGGAUUCCUUUAUAGCACGCCUGAUAAACAAACCCUGAAUGUCAAAUGCUUAUUUUGGUGUUUUAAGGUUCUCUUACACUGCCCACACACACACAAACUCACAUUGUUUAUGCAUACUAACUGCAAUAUUUCCAUAAAGAUAAACAUAAUGUAUCUUUAAUGUUAGGGCGCCAUAUGUGCCAGCACCAAUGGAUGCUUCUUUGUUUCUUGAGGCUUUUACCAUAAUGAAAAAUUCAUGUUUUUUUUUCCUUCACAUGCUUUUAUUUCUGACAAGGGGGAAAUAACGUUGUGAAUAAAUCCUUCUCUCUGACCUUCAUUAUAAUAAGUAUUUUAACUGUAUAUAAUACAUAACAGUGUUUGGAUAAAAAUGUAUUCAGACAAAACAAAUAAUUGCUGCAUGUUUUAAGUUCUAUU